UUUCCAUUUAAAUGUAAAUGGAUGGCUCUGGUAACGAAUCAGUUGCAUUUUUACUUGUAUGAAAGUCACAUCGCCAAUCUUUGAACAGAAACAUGGCAGAUCAAUUCAAGCAGGAAGUCCUUGCCGAACACAACCGAAUUCGCGUCCAGCACUCUGCCAAACCUCUAGUGUUAGAUGAAUCCAUGUGUCUGUAUGCCCAAUCCUGGGCCAAUCAACUGGCUAGUAGAAAUACGCUUCAGCAUCGCACCGAGAACGAAUACGGUGAAAAUCUGUACGUCCAGUUCGGGAGAACGCAAUGUUCCGGUGAGGAUGCCGUUCAGAGCUGGUACAAGGAGCUCAAGGACUACACUUUGGUGAACCGGAUCCGGGCGUGAUGUUUUCUAGGGUCGGACACUUUACGCAGGUCGUUUGGAAGAGCUCGAAAUGUUUGGGAGUGGGAAUGGCCACCGCCAGUGGGGGUAAAGGAGUCUUUGUGGUGUGCAACUACGAUCCACCAGGCAAUUUUAAGAACCGUUAUGCGGAUAAUGUUGCGGAAAAAAGUGCCAACAAGUGAUUGAUAGUAAAUUAUUGGAAAACAAGACUUUAUUCAAAUGUGUAAUAAAUACAUAGAUCUGUUGUAUCGAAAAUGUAGUUUGAAAAUCAGAAAAAAUAGAAGGAUUUAUGAAUUCUUUUGUUCAGCCACUUUAAA